ACUGCGCCGCGGUGCAAAAAGCGACCCUCCGCGUGAUGUAGACACUGACGAGUAUAGCUCGAAACCGACCCAGCUUCUUGGCCCCAUUCGGUUCUGCCUUUCAGCUGUCUGUUCUGCAUAUACAACCACCACCUCCAUCCUGACGCAUCGACAACGACGAACGACUUCCCCCAGUUUCACUCCGACUUCACCUCCCGCCGCUGACACGCUCCGCCGUCACUGCCUCCGCACUGUCUCCUCCUCCCCGCAGCUUCUCCACACCCCACUACCGCAGGCGCGAGUCUGUCCCCGCCGACGCAAUCGCUGCUGCUUCUAUGCGACAUCGAUAGCGACUCCUCCCCGACGCGCACCGCCUUGGAAUUCCUGGAGAGACUGUGCCAUCCUCCUCGAUACUUCGACAAUCGCAUCGACGCUCAUCUCCAUCAUCACAACCGCUACGGUCGCAUUUUUACCACAUCAAGGCCACACCGAACCACGUCACGUCGCAGCGUAGCCUCCGGCAUCGCAUCAAGAGGGGAUCGCCAGCAUGGGUAACCAGCCCUCCAAAGAGAAGGAUGGAAAGGGAUCACAAUCGUCCAGUGGACCCAGCCUCGACUCCUACCCUUCCUUCAGCAAGUCCGAUACAAAAGAGUCAUCUCGCUCAUUUCGCACAGCUCUUCGCACAAAGAUACCCGGCAAAAGCUCUACAGACAGCCCGCGAGGAUCUUCAAGCAAUCUUCCAGGAGACGCCUCUUCGACAAGUGUAGACAAGGUCGAUUCACAAUCCAUCAAGUCUGCGACUAGCGGUCGAUCAUCGCAGAGGCAAACACGAGGCUCCGCAUCCUUCUCUGAGACGCCUCGUCGCGGUAGCCUCGCGGAGGAGGACGAUGCUCAGCCACCACCUUCGCCGACCAUGUCCUCCAGCGUUGGCGCUGGUCACAGCGACCUGACAGAAGCUCAACGCAAUGGCGAGAUAGAUGCAGUCUCGGACGCGCCGCCGCAAGGCAAUAUUCACCAAACGCACACCAAGGAGCCGACGGAAUCUAUUCUGGUUAAGAAGCCAGCUCCCACAGGCCAAGGCGCCGCUGCAGUGCUUGCCAUUGCUGAAGCACCCGAAGUACGAUCCAACUCCACUCCCGGUAACAUGGAAAUAGGUGCUCUGAAAACCGCCGAUCUGGAUGACAUGAUCAAGCGUCUCGUGGAUGCUGGUUAUGCCGGGAAAGUCACCAAGACCGUGUGCCUCAAAAAUGCCGAAAUUACCGCCAUCUGCAAUGCUGCUCGGGAGUUGUUCUUGUCACAGCCGGCACUGCUGGAGCUCUCGCCGCCAGUGAAGAUUGUUGGCGACGUGCAUGGCCAGUACACCGACUUGAUUCGCAUGUUCGAGAUGUGUGGCUUCCCUCCAAAUAGCAACUACCUGUUCCUCGGCGACUACGUUGAUCGUGGCAAGCAGAGCUUGGAGACGAUUCUGCUGCUGUUGUGCUACAAAUUGCGAUUCCCCGAGAACUUCUUCCUCCUUCGCGGCAACCACGAGUGCGCCAACGUCACGCGUGUCUAUGGCUUUUACGACGAAUGCAAGCGAAGGUGCAAUGUCAAGGUCUGGAAGACGUUCGUUGAUACCUUCAACACGUUGCCCAUUGCCGCCAUUGUGGCCGGGAAAAUCUUCUGCGUUCACGGCGGUCUUUCGCCCUCGCUCUCUCACAUGGACGACAUCCGCAACAUUGCGCGACCGACGGAUGUGCCAGACUACGGCUUGCUCAACGAUCUGCUUUGGUCCGAUCCAGCGGAUAUGGAAGCAGACUGGGAGGCGAACGAAAGAGGUGUCAGCUAUUGCUUCGGAAAGAAGGUCAUCAUGGAAUUUCUGCAAAAGCACGACUUCGACCUCGUUUGCCGUGCGCAUAUGGUUGUUGAAGAUGGUUACGAAUUCUUCCAGGAGAGAAUUCUGGUCACUGUUUUCUCUGCUCCCAAUUACUGUGGCGAAUUUGAUAAUUGGGGCGCCGUGAUGAGCGUUUCUGGCGAGUUGCUGUGUUCUUUCGAGCUGCUGAAACCGCUGGACUCCAGUGCUUUGAAGAGCCACAUCAAAAAAGGACGAAACAAACGACAGAGCAUGCUGAACAGCCCGCCCGCCAGCCAGUUCCCUCAGAGUUACUAAAUUGCUUCGUACAACGACAAGCGUUUUCGAAAUUCCACAGGGCUCUGCUCUCCGUCCCAAGGGUCACGAUUUGCGUCCACAACCAUCAUGUUCGAAAGGACUAGACCGCCUGAGGGAGAUGCAGCCGGGACGGCCUCAGCUGGUCCGGCGGACACGAUGACGGCAGGCAGAAGACGCCACUUUCUGAUAUCCUUUGUGACUGGAUUCACUACAAUACUUGGUCACUCACUCCUUUCUUCGUCUGGCGCUUGCAGGAGUCAAGGCGCAUUGCGGAACAGGACCCAUACACAAGUCGUACCGGACGCGAAAUGUAUUCUUCUGGCGAAAGGUGUUUCAGCAUUU